CGGGAGCGGAAGGGGAAGCGGAAGCGGCGGUGGAUCGCGGCGCGGGAGGAGGAUGUUGUACUUUGCCUUUGCCAGCCGGCUGCUGCCAUGGGUAUACCAGUCUUCAUUCUUGCGGGGCUCCUCGUGCAUUGUGUGUUCUUGGUCUCCAUUUUUGACAUCUACUUCAGCUCUCCCCUGGUCCAUGGAAUGACUCCUCAGCAGACUCCGCUGCCACCUCCAGCAAAACGUCUCGUGCUUUUUGUUGCCGAUGGUCUGCGAGCAGAUUCUCUGUAUGAGUUGGACAGCAAUGGCACACCCCGGGCACCUUACCUGCGGAGUAUUCUAGAGAAUAAUGGCAGCUGGGGAAUCUCUCACACCCGGGUCCCAACAGAAUCCAGGCCGGGGCACGUUGCACUUAUUGCUGGAUUUUAUGAAGAUGUCAGUGCAGUUGCUAAAGGAUGGAAGGAGAAUCCAGUGGAAUUUGACUCAGUUUUCAAUGAAAGUAAAUAUACCUGGAGCUGGGGAAGCCCAGAUAUUUUGCCAAUGUUUGCAAAAGGUGCUACUGGAGAUCAUGUUUAUACAUUUUGUUAUGAAGCAGCAAGUGAAGACUUUGGAGCAGAAGAUGCAGCCAAGCUUGAUAUAUGGGUUUUUGAUCAUGUUAAGAGCUUCUUUAAUUCUUCCAGAAGCAAUCAAACAUUAUUCUCAGCACUGAAUGAGGAGAAAGUGGUUCUCUUCCUGCAUUUGCUAGGCAUAGACACCAAUGGACAUGCUCAUCGGCCAAACUCAAGGGAAUACCAGGAGAAUAUUAAACAAGUUGAUGAGGGUGUGAAAGAAAUUGCUUCAUUGAUUGACAAUUUUUAUGGAAAUGAUGGAAAGACUGCAUUUAUUUUGACUUCUGACCAUGGAAUGACAGAUUGGGGAUCCCAUGGAGCUGGUCAUCCCUCAGAAACUUUAACACCACUGAUUGUUUGGGGUGCUGGGGUAAAUUAUCCACAGAAAGUUAGAACCCAGUUGUUUGAAGACAAUUUUUUGAAAGAAUGGAAACUGGAGAACUUGAAGAGGCUUGAUGUCAAUCAGGCUGAUAUAGCACCACUGAUGGCUUCCCUUAUCGGUGUGCCUUUCCCCCUGAACUCAGUGGGAACUCUACCUCUGGAGUAUCUGAACACUAGUGCUCUUUUCAAAGCAGAGAGCAUGUUUACCAAUGCUGUUCAGAUUCUUGAGCAAUUUAAGGUUAAGAUGAGUCAGAAAAAGGAAACUACAUUGUCAAUUCUGUUCACACCAUUCAAACCACUUUCUGCUUCUGAACAGAUCAACUUUUUAAAAAAAAUAAGACUAUAUAUUGAGCAGCAGAAGUACGAUGAAGCGGUAUCCCUGUGCAAAACCCUGAUUAACCUUGCUUUGGAAGGCUUGUCUUACUACCACACGUAUGAUAGAUUGUUCCUGGGUCUGAGCAUUGCAGUGAGCUUUGUGGGCUGGACAACUUACGUGAUUUUGGUCAUUAUCAAGGCCCAUACCAAUUUGACCAAGACUAUCCCAGCUAAUAAAAAGAAAUCUACUGUUCUCUUCUAUGGUUUUGCCUCUGCUGGAAUGAUAAUAACUUUCUUCCUGUUGAUUCAAACAUGUCCUUGGACAUACUAUAUAUACUGUCUCUUGCCAGUGGCAGUAUGGUAUGCAGUUGUGAAAGAAAUUCAUGUCAUUCAGGACCUUGCCACAAAUGUAUUGUCACUUCAUAUUGGUCAAUCUACAGGAUUCCUCUUGGUUUGUAUACUGGGAAUUGAAAUACUAGUCUUCAGCUUUUUCUACCGCUCAGCACUUACUGUUGGCCUUCUUGUCUUUGCUGGCUGGCCAGUGAUCACACAACUGUGGAUUCAAGCUAAGACAAAAGCAUUGAUCUGGACUCUCCUGUGUGUGCUCCUGGCAAUAUUCCCAUUAAUGCCUGUUGUAGGAAGAGAACCAAACAUUCCUCUGGUAAUAGCAGCUGGCUUGCUGACCAUCUUGAUAUCUUUCUUCUCACUGACAUCUCUUUGUAAAAAUGAAAAUAAGUACAGAGAUAAUGAAGAUCUGAAAGUAUAUUUUUAUCAGAUGUUCAGUGUUGCACUUUCGACAUAUGUUGUGGGCAGUACCCAUAACAGUCUUAAGAUCAAACAGGGAUUACCUGUAAUGAAUCAAAUUAUUAGCUGGAUGACACUAGUUUUUUCCCCAGUGUUGCUGCUACUGAGCCCCACGUUUCUCUUUGAGAGACUGUUCAGCAUAUUGCUCUCCCUGAUGUCAACCUACCUGCUCCUCAGCACAGGAUAUGAAGCUCUCUUUCCAUUGGCACUGUUUGGUUUGAUGUUUAUGUGGAUAAAUAUGGAACAAGAAGCACUGCAGCACUAUGGCCUUUCAUCCAAACCAAAGCUUGCUGUUUUCAACUUCACCUGCACUGUGGAUAUAACUCAGUUCCGACAGCUCCACCUGGAUGAUGUCCGGAGGUCCUUCUUCUUUGUUUUCUUCAUAGUGACAGCCUUUUUUGGCACUGGAAACAUAGCUUCUAUUAACAGUUUUGAUCCUGCUUCUGUCUAUUGUUUCUUGACUGUAUUCAGUCCCUUCAUGAUGGGAGGCCUGCUUUUACUGAAGUCUGUCAGAGAUUGGAUUGCACUUCUGGUUUGGAGGCAAGGUAGCUUUUUUCUAGUAUUUGAGUAAAAGUUCUGCCAGAAGGGGUGAAGUGGGACACUGAAUUUAUUUGUUAUUACUAAAAUAAGCAGUACUUUCUACCACUGCUUUUCUGCUCCCUCUGUCCCAGAGGAAGCCGGCUGAAGUUACAGGUACAUUGCAUGUUGUCCCGCAGGACACAGAUCAAUAGUGCAAACCCUCUGGAUGCCAGUAGUCAGGUUUUAUACACUGCUAACAUAAGGAUUGCAAAUCAACUUUGGAAAGAGCAAAAGGCAGCAUUCAUGUUUUCUAGUUUGUUUUGUUCUUAAUUUACUGAACCAUUUACAUUUGCUUGACUUGGCUCUGGACAGGCAGUGUGACCCUUGCCUUAUUGAAUGCCUUCUCUAUUCAGACUAUUUUUGUGAAGAGAUUGUCCUUUACACUUGAAAUUCUGCAGCCUAUCUUGUGAGAUGCUGGAUCUGAAUAGUUCUGUCUUCUAGCCUUGUCGCAGUAUUUAUCACUAGUGCUAAAUGGAUAAAUUAAGUGAGGAUAUGCUUUAAUUAUAGUUUUCGAUAUUACCUUAUUUCAUUGCAGUUCAGCUAUGACCAUGGAAAGGUGUUUUUAUUAUUUAACUGAAAAUGUUUCCUGCAAAAUUUUCUACCCUGUCUAGCCAAUAUUUUAUUUUGUAACAUACCCAUUCUGUGAUAAUUUCAAAAACAGGAAAAUGUUCCCACAACCUGCCCAGAUUCUUUUUGUAAAUGUGUCUAUAAGCCAAAAUGUAGU